GCGCGUGCGCACUGGGGCCUCUAACAGAGGGCUGACGGCUUGGAGCCCAGGGACCAGCGGACGGAUGGACGGACUGACUGACUGACUGAGGGAGUGAGACAGGGACGGACAAGCGGAGGCACGAGUCCCACGGGGGGCCCCGGCUCAGCCCCAGCCAGGGAGCCUCCCUGAAGGCCACGCGGGUGGGGUCUGCAGCUGCUCCCCGGCCUUUCUGGCAGAAUGUCAGGAAGCCACACCCCUCCUGCUGGGGGCCCCUUCUCGGCCUUGACCCCAAGCAUAUGGCCCCAGGAGAUACUGGCCAAGUAUUCCCAGAAAGAAGAGCUUUGUGAGCCGCCCGAGGUGCGCUACGACGAGUUUGGCUUCCGGGUGGAUAAGGAAGACGAGGCAAACCCGGGCAAGCUCUCGGGCGCGCCCCUAGCGGAGGACCCCCAGCAGAGGCUGAGGUGGCAAGCCCACCUCGAGUUCACGCACAACCACGACGUGGGCGACCUCACGUGGGACAAGAUCGAGGUGUCCCUGCCGCGCUCCGACAAGCUCUAUUCGCUGGUGCUGGGCGGCAUCCCUCACAGCAUGCGGCCCCAGCUGUGGAUGCGCCUCUCGGGGGCCCUGCAGAAGAAGCGCGGCUCGGACACGGCCUACCGGGACAUCGUCAAGAACAGCUGCAAUGACGAGACGCUGGCGGCCAAGCAGAUCGAGAAGGACCUGCUCCGCACCAUGCCCAGCAACGCCUGCUUCUCUGCCAUGAACAGCGUCGGGGUGCCCCGGCUGCGCAGGAUCCUCCGAGGGCUGGCCUGGCUCUACCCCGACAUCGGCUACUGCCAGGGCACCGGCAUGGUGGCCGCCUGCCUGCUGCUGUUCCUGGAGGAGGAGGACGCCUUCUGGAUGAUGUGCGCCAUCAUCGAGGACCUGGUGCCCGCCGCCUACUUCAGCACCACGCUGCUGGGCGUGCAGACGGACCAGCGGGUCCUGCGCCACCUGAUCGUGCAGUACCUGCCGCGGCUGGACCGGCUGCUCCAGGAGCACGACAUCGAGCUGUCGCUCAUCACCGUGCACUGGUUCCUGACGGCCUUCGCCAGCGUGGUCCACAUGAAGCUGCUGCUGCGCAUCUGGGACCUCUUCUUCUACCAGGGCUCCCUGGUGCUCUUCCAGACCACCCUGGGCAUGCUGCGGAUGAAGGAGGAAGAACUGAUCCAGUCGGAGAACUCGGCCUCCAUCUUCAACACGUUGUCGGACAUCCCGGCCCAGAUGGGGGACCCCGAGGCGCUGCUGGCCGAGGCCAUGCGUCUGGCGGGCUCCCUGACGCACGUGGCCGUGGAGGCCCAGCGCCGCAAGCACCUGGCCUACCUCCUGGCCGACCAGGGCCAGCUGCUGGGCCCCUGCGCCGCCACGAACCUCACCAAGGUGGUCCGGCGCAGAACCCAGCGCAGGAAGUCGGGCCUCGCCUCCCUGCUCUUCGGGGACGAGGACCUCGAGGCCUUGAAAGCCAAGAACAUCAAACAGACCGAGCUGGUGGCCGACCUGCGUGAAGCCAUCCUGCAGGUGGCCCGCCACUUCCAGUGCGUAGACCCCAAAAACGGCGCUGUGGAGCUGACUCCCGACUACACAAUGGAGAGCCACCAGCGCGACCACGAGAAGUACGCAGCGUGCUUCCGCGGCCAGCGGCGCCGGGCCAAGGCCCUGCUGGACUUCGAGCGCCAUGAUGACGACGAGCUGGGCUUUCGCAAGAACGAUGUCAUCACGAUCGUCUCGCAGAAGGACGAGCACUGCUGGGUGGGGGAGCUGAACGGACUGAGAGGCUGGUUUCCCGCCAAGUUCGUGGAGGUCUUGGACGAACGCAGCAAAGAGUACUCUGCGGCCGGAGAUGACUCGGUGACCGAAGGAGUCAUGGACUUGGUGCGAGGGACUCUGUGUCCGGCCCUCAAGUCGAUCCUGGAACACGGCUUGAAGAAGCCGUCCCUGCUGGGGGGCCCGGGCCACCCGUGGCUAUUCAUCGAGGAGGCCGCAGGCCGCGAGGUGGAGCGGGACUUCGACUCGGUCUACUCUCGCCUGGUUCUCUGCAAAACUUACAGGUUAGACGAGGACGGCAAAGUGCUGACCCCCGAGGAGCUGCUCUAUCGGGUACGUAAGUGCCCCGCGGUCUUAGGCCGCCGCCCCCGCCCCGGGAGGCGCCCGCGGUCUGGGCCAGCCCCCUGUCCUCCUCCGCAGGCCGUUCAGUCCGUGAACAUGACGCAUGACGCGGCGCACACCCAGAUGGACGUCAAGCUGCGCUCCCUCAUCUGCGUGGGGCUCAAUGAGCAGGUCCUGCAUCUGUGGCUCGAGGUGCUCUGCUCGAGCGUGGCCACGGUGGAGAAAUGGUACCAUCCGUGGUCCUUCCUGCGCAGCCCGGGCUGGGUCCAGAUCAAGUGCGAACUUCGAGUCCUCUGCUGCUUCGCCUUCAGUCUCUCUCAGGAUUGGGAGCUUCCCAUCAAGAAAGAGGAAAAGGAGAAGAGACCCUUGAAAGAAGGCGUGCAGGACAUGCUGGUGAAACACCACCUCUUCAGCUGGGACAUAGAUGGGUGACCCCCGCCCCGGACCCUCCCUGCCCAGGGUGCCCUGGGAGUGCCGGGGCGGUGGGAGGGAGCCCCGAACCAGCGGGACGGGCCUGGCCAUCCCGUGGCCUUUUCCUCCAUCUUUGCUCAGGUGGGAACAUUGAGAGAGCCAGCGGAGGACGCUCUUGGCAACAGUGACAGGACCUUUAUUCUUUUGGUUUAUAAAUAAACAGCAUAUCGUGAAA